AUGUUGCGACAACCUCUCCGCGGCGUGCGCGCGCCGCUUCGAACCUUUGACCAGGCAGCCUGGAAGGGCGCCUGGAGGAGGUUCUUCACCUCGCAGUCGGGAGACAAGGCCUCCCGUCAGCUCUGGCGGUUAAAGACGGCUUCGUGGGAGAGCAUGCUGGCGCGGCUGCGAAGCACCCGGUUCGGAACUGGCUCAACGACAACGCCAGGCAUGAUGCAGGGCCUUCUGAGGCGCGGGUUCCGGUUCACGGCGCGCCGCAAGGGAGCCAAGGGCCCAGUCGCCAGCGAUGCCGAGAAGCCCAUGACGCUGACCGCCCGGCUCAAGAAGCUCACCAAGGACUACGGCUGGGCAACGGUUGGCGUCUACCUGGGGCUGAGCGUUUUGGAUUUCCCCUUUUGCUUCCUUUUCGUUAGGAUCGUGGGGGCAGAGACGAUCGGCAAGGUCGAGCAUUACGUCGUGUCGUCGGUCAAGGCCAUGAUUCCCGACUCAGUUCGGGAGACAUGGCACGAGUACUGGCAGUCGUUCAAGAAGGCCGAGGUGCAGGCGCUUGGCGAUGACGAUAUUAGCGACAAGAUGGAGAUGGCUACCUGGAGCGUCGAGAAGGCCCAGGAGCGGAAUCGCGCCGCCGAUGCUAGCCUAGCGACUCAGCUGGCGCUGGCCUACGCCAUCCACAAGAGUUUUAUCGUCUUCCGGGUGCCGCUGACGGCAGCCGUCACGCCCAAGGUCGUCAAGGUGCUUCGGUCAUGGGGCUGGAAGAUAGGAAAGAAGAGCGGUUAG